AUGCAUACUGGUUGGUUCUUGCGCCGCCGUCUCUUACUUUCCUCGGCCAGAUCCAUCCAAUCUGUCUCAUCUUACUCUGCCAGUGCACAGAUCUUCCCGAAACACCUGGGUACAAGUUCGUGCUUUUUAAUUGCGUCGAAUCCACCCAAACGCCCCUUCUCCACUUUACCAGUAUCACCUCUUAGCGGACCGAGGAAGGCUUCAUCUUUUUGGGCGAUCACAUUCACAUUAGCUAUUGUCUGUGGAGCGACCUGGCUACAAGAUAAAUACCGUCAUCCCGGAAACGAUUCCCACCUCAUUUCGGAACCUCCGGAAUUUGAUCAAGAAAAACCUCCCUUUCUCGGUGUAAUAGAUACCCUUAAAACAAUGCCUAUCCAAGCCGCCCCCGGAACCGUGGGCAACCUCACCCCAGAGCAGGAAGUCAAACUUCAGGAGUUUUGGGUCCUGCUGCUGAAGGUAUGCGGCAUUAACGUGGAAGGAAUUGAAACGAAUGGCGAUGUCGCCACACCCCCAAGCCCGUCGUCCCAGAAGAAAGCGCAACCCAAGCGGAGGUUCACCUUCUUCGGUGGAAAGAGCAAUGACGAGGAGGAGGACACCACAACGAACGGUGUUACAAACAGCAUUGCUUCCAUCAACAUUACCGAUGGAGAUGACAAAUAUGGACAGUCCAAGGAAUUCCAGCAAGCAAUUACCGACAUGAAGCCUGAGGAGAUUCGGGUUACACUGUGGAACAUGGUGAAGCAAGAUAACCCCGACUCCUUGCUCCUGCGUUUCCUUCGGGCGCGCAAGUGGGAUAUCAAGAAAGCACUCAUCAUGCUGGUCUCCACAAUUAGAUGGAGAUUGCAGGAUGUGAAAGUCGACGAUGAUAUUGUUAGGAAUGGCGAACUGGCUGCCCUGGAGCAAUCGAAGAGCUCGGACCCUGAAGAGAAGAGAAAGGGCGAAGAGUUCCUGAAACAGAUGCGCAUGGGCAAGGGUUACAUCCACGGUGUUGACAAAGAUGGACGGCCUAUUUGCGUUAUCAGAGUGCGCUUGCACAAGCCGGCCGAUCAGGGCACGGAUACUUUGGAUCGGUUUACCGUGUACACCAUUGAAUCUGCCCGGAUGAUGCUCUCGCCUCCAGUUGAAACAGCUUGUGUUGUCUUCGACAUGACCGGCUUUUCUUUGGCAAACAUGGACUAUCAUCCAGUUAAAUUUAUGAUCAAGUGCUUCGAGGCUAAUUAUCCUGAAUGCCUGGGAGUUGUGCUUAUCCACAAAGCCCCCUGGAUCUUCUCCGGAAUUUGGAAUAUCAUCAAGGGCUGGCUUGAUCCCGUUGUUGCAUCCAAGAUCAACUUCACCAAGAACGUCUCAGACCUUGAGAAAUUCAUCCCCAAGGAUCGCAUUUAUAAGGAGCUUGAGGGCGAUGAGGACUGGGAAUACAGCUAUGUAGAGCCCAAGACCGAUGAAAAUAAAACGAUGGAAGAUACGGCCAAGCGAGAUGAGUUGAUCAAGGAAAGACAACAACUUGCUCAAGACCUCCAAGAUGCCACGAUUGAGUGGAUCACGGUCAGCCGGAAGAAGGACGAGGAGGCCACCAAGGCAGUGGUGGAGAAGAGACAGGCGCUCAUUGAGCGAUUGAGGGUUCAAUACUGGCAGCUCGACCCGUACAUUCGCGCUACCUCUCUGUACGACAGACUGAACAUUCUUCAGGGCAGUGGAAAGAUUGAUUUCUAUCCGGCUGAAGCCAAAGUGAACGGAACUACUACAAACGGUGCCACGAAUGGCACGUCUAACUAG